AUGUUCGCUAAAGUGUAAGUUCUCUAUUCUCUCAAAAACUUAUUUAAAAUUCAAAAUUUUUUGCAGUAUUCUCUCAAUCUUGGCUUUGUUCGCCAUUGCUCAAGCUCAAUACUUAUACUCAUCCCCAUAUGCUGCCUAUCCAGCCGCAUCUGCCUAUUACCCAUCAGCCGCUUAUGCUUACCCAUCGGUUUACAGUGGAUACGCCGCAACUGUUCCAGGAUAUGCUUAUGCUUGGGGAUCGAACAAAGCUUCUGCUACUUCGGGAUCUGCUCAACAACAACCAGCCGCUUCAUCAUUGACAAAUAACAAUUGA